GCGCUGAUCCUGGUGCGUGUGUGUGGUCCUGUGUAUGUCAGGCAGCCAGGACUCCGCUCCAGCUCCUUGCUAAUUUCUCCCUGGGGAUCCGGGCAGACUCGCUCGGCCCCUUUCACCCCUUCUCUCUCGGUUGUACCCUGCUGUCUGCUGCCGAAACCUGUCUCCAAGUCUGUGCCUCCUGUUGCGGCACAACUGUCUCGCCGCUGUCUUUUGCCUCCCAGAAUCUGUCCGUGUUUCCAAAUUGUUCCUUCCCUCCCUCUCGCCAGACUCCUCCCACUUUCUCUCGCUCAUUCGCACGCUUUUCAUCUCCUUGCUCCUACAGCUCCCGGAUUUCCCGGUCGCUUGAUCCCGAUCCUCUCUCGUCUCCACAUGGCUGCGAUCAAAGCCUUACAGCAGUGGUGUAAGAAACAGUGCGAGGGCUAUCGCGAUGUGGAGAUCACUAACAUGACGACCUCUUGGCGGGAUGGGCUGGCUUUCUGUGCCAUCCUGCACCACUACAGACCCGAUCUCAUAGAUUUUGAUUCGCUUAAGAAAGAAGAUGUAUAUGAGAACAAUAAGUUGGCUUUCCGUGUGGCGGAGGAGGAGCUGGGCAUCCCGGCACUGCUGGAUGCAGAAGACAUGGUGGCGCUGAAAGUCCCCGACAGGCUGAGCAUCCUGACCUAUGUCUCUCAGUACUACAACUUCUUCACAGGCCGGUCGCCCAUUGGCGGUAUGGCUCACAUUAAGAGACCGGCCACCGAUUCGAGUGAGGAGCCAGCGCAGAAGAGGCUGACCCCUGAGACCAAGCCAAAACACCCCAAGAAUACACGGACUGCCAACAAUGAGCCAACGCCCCACGCUGCGCCAACCUGUCGCGUCGCCUCGGUGAACAAAGUUCCAGCUCGUGAUACAGGAGACUCAUCAAGCAAAUCAGGGACCCUGUCCAGUAGCUGUGCCAUCUGCAAAAAAACUGUUCUGUUGGUUCAACGGUACUUAGUCGAUGGAAAACUUUAUCACAGAAACUGCUUCAGAUGCGCGCAGUGUACCACGACGCUCAUGGCCGGAGCCUACAAGGCAGGGCCUACACCUGGGACUUUUAUCUGCAUCAACCACUCAGCCAAUGACCGGGAGAAGAGCAGCCACAACUACACCAGCCCCUCCCAGCCGCCGGGCAGCAGAACCAGUGAGCCGGCCCCAGCUAUCCACAGGCCUGUGCUCAGCCACGUGAGUGGCUCUGCUGCAGUGACGCCCAACUCCAAGCAGCCUGAGUGCUCUCCGGCAGCUCCCAGGACAGGGACCGGUUUGACAGAAGGGACCCAGGCUGCAAAGCAACGCUUCCUGAGUUCAGUGACGCCAGAGAAGGGAUCUCCAGUCAGCCCUCACCAGUCUCAGGAUCCCAUACGGGGGUUGCGGAGUCCGAUAGAAACCAUGACGCAGAGACCGUGGUCGCCUGGAAACCAGGAGCACGCCAGUGUGGUGGUGAAGAGUCCCACUCCAACCGUUGGACCAGGCGCCGGUGCAGACAAAGAGAAAGCCCGCGCCAUCCUCCAGAAGAAUUUGCCUUUAGACGACAACAACAACAAUCGUAGCCAAGGCUCCACCUCAACCCCCUCAUUGAGUGCAGAGAGGUCUCCGGGUAAGCAGCCCACCAGCUACCAGACCACUAAGUCAAUAAUGCUGAGCGUAAGCAGCUUGGAAAAUGGCCAGGAAGGAGCCAGGUCCUCAGAUCGAUUCAAGAAUAAGGAGUCAGGGCGAGAGCAUCAGGCCAAGGAUUCCAAAUGGAGGCCUAUCUCAAGUUACGAGCUGUCCCCAAGUCUUGCAGUCGGCAGAGGAGCUACCAAUUCUGAGGCCGUGCACUCAGCGGCAACAAACCGGACACCACGGACUUCGUUGAACAGAGCCUCCAGCAUGAAUGAAGCAACGAGUCGCACACCAACCCCUGCCCAGAAGGCAAACACUAAAGGGAACUACUCCUAUAGUCCGCAGAUCAUUUCCAGGGCUCAGCAGGAGGAAUCCCCAUCUGACUGGAGGUCAAAACUCAAGCCUGUCCAGAAGCAACACAGUCUUGGACCCUCAGAUGCCAAGCAAAUCCACAGUUCACCUCUAAGCCGGGAUGUAAAGAAGCCAGCAGAAUUCGGCAAUGCAUUGGGCACUCCCAGCCCACUCAAAACAACAGCCAGCAGCAUUUGGACUUCAAGUGCAACUCGGGGGAGCACCAGCACAGCUGGUGGGAAUACUGUAGAGGUGACUUUCUCUCUCCAAGUUCCAGGUAAUGUCUCAAUUUCACCAUCGCCUGCCUCUCCCAACAAGAGGUCAAGUCCAGAGGCUGGGCCCUCCCAAUCAACACAGCAGAAGAAAGUACUCAAACCGGGGCCACAGCUACUGGCCGGAGCUAGGGACAUCUUCCAGUCUCCAAGUGCUGCUGACAAAGAAACUGGCACAGUGGCUCCCUCUGAGAAUGAAGGAAGUGGCCCUCUGGGCAUAAGCUAUCGUCCAGCUUUGGAUAGGGUAACAGAGGAACCUCCAGGCAAGCAGACCUGGGUCCAAGGCAAAUCAAGCAUGGUGACAGCGCGAGAGGAAUUUUUUAAGGAUGUUUAUACAAGUGGGAAUGACAAGGAGAGCAAAGAUCUGGCCAAAUCUACUGAGUCACCACAGGAGAAUCCACCCAAUCGCCGGAUGUCGGAGCAGGAGAUUCAGAGGGAAUUGCAGAGUAUUGGGAAGAAGCUGGAUGCUCUGGAGCAGAAGGGAGUGGAGCUGGAGCCUCAGCUCAGGGUCUGCGAAGGAGAUGAACGAGAAGAUGACUUGAUGGUGGAGUGGUUCAAACUGAUCCAUGAGAAGCAGUUGUUGAUGAGGAGGGAGUCUGAGCUCGUUUACAUAUCAAAGCAACAGAUUCUGGAGGAUCACCAGUGUCUGAUUGACCAGGAGCUGCGAGCGUUGAUGGCCAAAGCAGAGGACCAAAAAACCGACGGCGACCGGGCCCGUGAACAGGAGCUGAUGGAAGAGCUGCUGAAAACGGUGGAGGACAGGAACAACAUCAUCGACAGACUGGAUGAGGAUCGAGUGAGAGAAAUGGAAGAGGAUCUGAUGAUGGAAGCUAUGAUUAACAAAAUCGACAUCAACAAGGAGACGGAACAUGACCUGAAGAAGAAAAACAAAUUCAGCCCCUUGAAGUUCAUGAAGCGACUCGGUGGCAAGUCAAAGGGGAAGGAAUAGUGCGUUGGCCCAGAACAAUGUCUUCAGAAACUUGCUCUGUACCCACAUCCCUUUCUCAGUGCCAACUUCCUGCUGACCAAAUCAUAGAGUUAUACAGCACGAAAACAGGCCCUUUGACCUACCAAGUACACACCAACCAUCAGCCACAAUUUACACAUCCUAUUUUAUUCUCCCAUAUUCCCAUCAACUCCCCCCUAGAUUCUGCCACUCACCCACACACGAGGAGCAACUUACAGUGGCUAAUUAACCUACCAAUCUGCACUAUCUGGGAGGAAACUGGAAAAGCUGGAGGAAGCCCAUGUGGUCACAGGGAGAGCGUGCAAACUCCACACAGACAGCACAGUGGUCAGGAUUGAACCCAAGUCGCUGGAACAGUGUUGGGUGAAGUCACAAAGGAGCCUCUUACACAAGUGGUUGACAUGGUGUCACUGGACCUCUGCAUCAUCUGAUUUUCUCUCAGACUGGAUCCUAACUUCACUUUAUUAUCCAUGUGGACCCUGCUUUGGACCCUAUGUGCUGCUUCAAUCCAUUGGGUUGGUCAUAAAUGCUUAAGGGUAUUGAGAUUGUAAGAUGGAAUGGCUCUGAUGCUCAGGAACAUAAAUGAGUUAGUAGUUCUUUACUUGGAGUCUAUACUUCCAUUUUUUUCCUACCAUUUGUUUCACCUCGAGCCUAAGUCUGUGUACUCAACAGGUCUGAGAUGUAUGUCUGCUACUGAGAGUCAAAAUUCUCAGCUACAGGAAACUCUGGUAUGGUUGACCUUUCUCCCCAACCCUUAGGAUGUGGCCAGCACCUUGUGUCUCCCCAAGGUGACAUUGACCUGCGUGGCAUCAAAAGGCUUGAUCCUGAGCUUGGCAGUGGGCGUGGGGUUACUGGAGCCGUUUAGCAUUGUGGAACUGGACUCAGGGGUGCUGGGCUUGAAGGUCUUUCUUUCAAAAGUUGUUUGGUCCCUUUGAUUCUGUUAUUGUAUUAAAGAGGGGGUUCCAGUGACUGUGUGAACCGCUGUGCACUGAGGCAAAGAGCGUGUGAAAGCAAGUCAGGCACACUUUGCGAUAAUGGCUCUUCAGCUCCUCAGACUUUAAUACAAGAAGUGUUGAUGUUUGAUGUCGAGCUUUGCCAGCUCUCUUAUGAACUACUCUGAGGAUUAUCUUAUCCCUAGGCACCAGCAUAGGAAGCAGGAGAGGACCUUUGAUCCAUUUGAUGUUAAUUUGGUUGGAAUGAGUCAUUGGGUAAAUAGGCUGCUUUGUAUCGCAGAAUUUCAGCAAUUCUUUUCAGUUUCCUUUGUUUUUUAAUCUUGUUGUAUAAUUUCCUGUAUCUCUGCUUGAUAUUGUACCACCCAGCAAGGUUGGUUAUAUUAAGAAAGACUUGCAUUGGUAUAAAACCUAAGACGACUCCAAGAUGUCCUAAAAUGUAUUGUACUGAGUGAAACCUAUUGAUAUGUAUUCAAUAUGGUAAUAUGGGCAGCAGCAAGUUGUGCACAGCAAGACUCCAGAAUGUUUUGUAAGAAUCACCAAAUCCAUCUCUUUUGGUGAUGUUAGUCGAGGAAAAAAAUAUUGGUCAGGACACCGGGGAGAAUUGUCCUGCUCUUCUCUGAGAUGUUGCUGUAGGAUCUUAAAUAUUGCCCUGAGAAGACAGCCAUGACUUUGUUACAACUUCUCAUCUGCAAGGUGAAAACUGGCUCCAGGAAAGCGUAUGCCAGCAAAACCUUGUGGCUGUGCCAGUGUUUGGAGGUAUAGAUAAAAGUGGCACCGUCUUAGUCAAAGGGAGAGGCUUUGGACAGCAAACUAAAGAAAGUGAGAGAGGUGGAAUGGUUUCAAGAAGGGAUCGAAAAGUUUGGGGCCCAGAUGGUUAAAGCUACAACUGCCUUUAGUUGGGUGAAGGAAAUCAGGGGAUGAGCAAGCAGGCUGAGGGAGAAGUCUAAAUAUUGCAGGGGGUUGUGAGGCUGCAGGAGAUUCCAGAGGCAGGGAUGGGCCACGCCAUUGAGAGAAGAGAACAUGCUAUUCUUUUGAGAUGCCCUGCAACUAAAUGGCACAUGUCAGUGAGAUGCAAUGAGGCUAUUGGAGGCAAAAUUGGAUGGAGGUGAGCUACCUCCAGGAAACCCUGGCAGUUUAUUACCACGAGGACGGAAGCUGUUCUAGGACAGAGUGAGUGUCAUGACAUGGGGGAAGAGCCUGCUGGAAUUAAAUACCUUUGGAGGCUGGGAUUUGUCAUCAAGGCCACUUGGUUCCAACCCUAUGAGGGAAUAAUAAGGCGACAGCAGUGUUGUGACUCUAAAUACGAUGGAUUAAUUAGUGAGGAAAAAGGUUGUGAUUCAUGAAUGUGCAUUACCGCAGAUAAACCUAAUUUCAAAAUGUGAGGUGACUUUUAAACUUUUUGAAAAGGUACUUUGAACAAAUAAAUAUCUUCCACAUUUUUUUGAAAUG